AUGUCGUCGUCAAAACCUCACGCCGUUCACGAUGAGGAUCCCAUCAAAGAUACCCCAGCUCCUCCACAUGUCUCCUUGACGGAAGAGGAGAACAAGCGCAUUUGUCACAAGACCGACCGGACUAUUUUGUUGGUCCUCAUCUGGGUCUACUUUUUACAGAUCCUUGACAAGACCGUGCUCGGAUACGGUGCAACAUAUGGAUUGGAGACCGAUACUGGGUUGACAGGAAACCAAUAUUCAAUGCUGGGCUCGAUCGCUCCGAUCGCUCAACUGUGUUGGCAGCCAUUCUCGUCUUACCUGAUCGUCAAGGUACCUCCCAAAAUUCUCAUGCCAAUUCUUUGCCUUGGAUGGGGCAUUGCACAGGCUUGUAUGGCAGCUUGCCAUAACUUUAGUGGCUUGAUGGCGACUCGGUUUUUCUUGGGACUGUUUGAAGCUGGAUGCUUGCCUCUGUUCGGUAUCAUUACUAGCCAGUGGUAUCUUCGUGCGGAGCAACCUAUUCGCAUUGCAGCUUGGUACAGUACCAAUGGACUGGCUACCAUCGUUGCCGCUGCGUUGUCAUAUGGUCUGGCACAUAUCAACUCACCUGUUCUGGAGUCAUGGCAAAUCAUCUUCCUCUUUGUAGGACUCGUCACUAUUGUCUCCUCUCCGAUAGUCUACUGGCGAUUAGACAACGACGUGACAACGGCUCGAUUCUUGGAUGAGACCGAGAAGAUCCAAGCUAUGGAGCGCCUACGAGCUAACCAAACUGGCACUGGAAGCGGAGAGUUCAAAAUGAGUCAUGUAUGGGAAUGCGUACUCGAGCCGAAAACAUACCUGUGGAUUGGGAUGUCGAUGCUGCUUAACAUCGGUGCCAGCGUGACCAACACUUUCGGUCCUCUGAUUCUGGAUGGUUUAGGUUACGGCACUUAUCGCACCAGUCUAUUGACAAUGCCAUUCGGAGCACUACAGUUUGUCAUCAUCCUGGUUGCCAGCUGGCUUGCUCAAACCGCCCGGAUUAAGAGCAUUAUUCUCGCCACAUUCAUGUUGCCAGUCAUUGCCGGGUUGGCCAUAUUGUAUGUUGUCACUCAUACCGACGCCAACCAGGGCAAGCUUCUUGCCGGGUACUACUUACUGGCAUUUUUGUUUGGCGGAAACCCUCUGAUCGUCACUUGGAUCGUCGGUAAUACGGCAGGCAGCACUAAGAAGUCUGUGGUGAUGAGUCUAUUCAACGCUGCUUCUUCUGCUGGAAAUAUUGUGGGCCCUCUGCUGUUUAACUCUAAAGAUAAGCCCACGUAUCACCCAGGCUUGCGUGCUUGCUUGGGCAUCUUCUGUACCCUGGCUGCUAUUGUCCUCAUUCAGUGGGCCAAUCUAUGGGUUCUCAACAAACAGCAGGCUAAGCGCCGUGUUCGCAAUGGCAAGAGUGCCCAGAUUGUCGAUCACUCUAUGCAGUCCCAUUUCCACGGAGUUCAAGCUGAGGAAGGCAGUGAAGAAGGGGUCACCCAUGCCGGGACCCAUGUGAUGGACGACAUUACGGAUAAGGAGAAUGACGAGUUUGUAUAUCUAUAUUAG